AUGUCCAAGGCAUCUCUUGGUGACGAGAAGACGACGCACGGCGUCUCCUCCUCGCCCGUCCCGCCUCCCAGCGACACCGCAACCAUGCCCCGCGACGCCUCCUCCUCCCCUGGCCACGGGCAGCGGCCGCUCCUCUCGUCGCAACCCGACGGCGCCACCGUCUACGGCAGCAUCCCCGGCGACGACGACGAUCCCUCCUCCCCCUCCGCCGCCGCCCACCUCGUCACCGCCGCCGAGCAGCGCGACCUCCGCCGGGGCCUCGCCGAGCGGCACCUGUCCAUGAUCGGCGUCGCCGGCGCCGUCGGCACGGGUCUCUUCCUCGGGCUUGGCGGCGCCGUGCGCGCGGGCGGCCCGCUCGGCGCGCUGCUCGGCUACGCGACCGUCGGGCUCGUCGUGUGCGCGGUGCAGUUCGCGCUCGGAGAGGCGUCCGCGCUGCUGCCCGUCACGGGCUCCUUCGUGCGCCACGCCGAGUUCCUCGUCGACCCGGCCUGGGGCUUCGCCGUCGGCUGGAACCUGGUCUACGGCAACCUGCUGUCCAUCCCGUCCGAGAUCACCGCCAUCUGCGUGCUCUUCCAGUUCUGGACCGACAUCAACCCGUCCGUCUGGAUCGUCACCUUUGUCGCGCUGACCGUCGGCGUCGGCGCGUGCGUCGUCCGCGUCUUUGGCGAGGUCGAGUUCUUCUUCGCGCUGCUCAAGAUUGCCCUCGUCGUCUUCCUCGUCAUCCUGGGGCUGGUCAUCGACCUCGGCGGCGUGCCGGGGACGCCGGCGCUGUACUUCAAGUACUGGAGCAGCCCGGGUCCGUUCGUCGAGUACAUCGCCGCGGGCAACUGGGGCCGCUUCCUCGGGUACUGGAGCGUCAUGACCUCGGCCGUCUUCUCCUUCGCGGGCGUCGAGUCCAUCGCCAUGGCCGGCGCCGAGACGCGCAACCCGCGGAAAGCCAUCCCCGCCGCCUGCCGCAACGUCUUCUGGCGCAUCCUGCUCUUCUACAUGCUCGCCAUCUUCGUCGUCGGCCUGCUCGUCGCCAGCGACGACCCGCGCCUCGACGGCGCCGGCGACUCCGUCACCCAGAGCCCCUUCGUCAUCGCCGCCCAGGCCGCGCACCUGCCCGCCAUCCCCUCCGUCGUCAACGCCAUCCUCAUCUCCUCCGCCUGGUCCUCGGCCAACCAGGCGCUGCUCUCCGGCACGCGCGCCCUCUACGCGCUCGCCCUCGAGGGCCAGGCGCCCGCCGUCUUCCUGCGCACCACCCGCUGGGGCGUGCCCUGGGCCUGCGUCGCGCUCUUCGCCGUCUUUGCGCUCCUCAGCUUCAUGAGCCUGUCCGCCGGCGCCCUCGACGCCUUCUACUGGUUCGUCAGCCUCACCGCCGCCGGCGUCCUCGUCUCCUGGAUCGCCAUCCUCGUCAACCACCUGCGCCUGCGCCGCGCCCUCCGCGUCCAGGGCUUCCCGGCCACCCGGUUGCCCUGGCACAACGCCUGGACGCCGUACGCGUCCGCCUGGGCGCUCGGCAUGUGCGUCGUCAUCCUGCUGACGGGCGGGUUCCGCGUCUUCACAAAGGGCAACUGGAGCGCGCAGUCGUUUGUCUCCUCCUACCUGGACAUUCCCCUCGUCGCCGCCGCGUACCUCAUCUGGAAGCGCGUCAAGAGGACAAAGGUUGUCAAGCUGUCCGAGAUACCGCUCCUCGCCGCCCUCGAGCAGGCGGAGCAAAAGGACGUCAACGACGGCGACGGCGAAGUAUGA